AUGCUGUCGAUCUUGUCGAUUGGCCGGACUGUAUUGAGACGGUGCUUUUCAGCCACCGCCGAGGCAGCAAAAAUGCUCGACGUGGUAGCCCCGACCGAAAAACCGGAAGAAAUCGACGAGAUUGAGACAAGGACGCCGCGCACAAAAUCGGCAUAUUCGAUGACGAACUUUCAGACCCUGAAGCUCGAUCAAUACCCCUACUACGUGGAGCGGGAAUGGUGGAAAACGGGGAAGCGAACGUGCUUUUGGGCGACCUGGCGACAAUUACGGGAUUGGAAGAGACGCCUUUGCAUUCAGGAAACCGGUGCAGAUCGAAUGAGGAUGAAGGCGCUAAAGGCAAACACGAUCUUGCCGCAGGCGAUCCGUGAUGAGGCCGCCGACUAUUUGUUGAAGAUGCCAAAGGCCUCUCACCCGAAACUCGUGCUCAACAUGUGCAUGUUCACCGGGCGCCAGCGCGGCAAGAUCAAGCCGUACCGCCUCAAUCGACAUCUUUUCCGGAAAUAUGCCGACCACUCGCAGCUCAGCGGCAUGCAGCGCGCGAUGUGG